AUGUUUUCCGAGUAUGCCUCUAAAUUCCUGGCACAGUCCCAAUCUCGACUGUCAAACUUUGGUCAGACGGACGAUGCGGACAACGCAAACCGGAGAGCGGCGGACUGGCAGUCUCGUGGGACCAGGAACUACGGCAGAUCGUUCUUAUCGCGGGGCCUUGGAGCUGCCAACCCGUACCAGCAAGGCGGCUCCCGCUUUGGGAACCUGAACUUCGCAUCCCGCUACUCUACACAAGACGCGCCGCUAUUCCACAGCGCUCGGGGCGACAUACAAGAGGCCGACGACGAGGAUGAGCGGGACCGGGAGGCGGCCGACCUGUACGCCCUGCAGCAGUCGCGGCGGGUGUUUCCCACACACAGGCUCGAGGAGAGCUCCGAGACGGAGGGCGAGGCCAGCCGUGGCUCUCUCGGCGAGAGCCAGGAGCACGAAGGAAGGACCUAUGGCGACAGGCCCCGGGGGCUGGGAAUCAAGAGCAGCUGGAACGGAACGAGAAGCUUCUAUCGCAGAGCGGCCAACCAAGAGCCCGUGGCGGAGGAAGCCGAAGACCUCGCCCGACAGAGCUCCCAUGAAAGCUCCGAGGGCAAGGGCAAGAUGGUCGAUGUUGGCCUUGAAUCCACGAUAGGCGGUGAAGAUGAUGAUCCGCCCGCGGACCUGACUACAGAGACACCCAUCGACCCGGACCCUCCGGCCUUCCAGCAGUUCAAGUCGACUGGCGGCCCGUCGCGCUUCACCCUGCGCCGCGGUUCAGUCAACGAGUCGGAAAUGGGCCUGCUGCAGCAGAGCGCGGCGACCACCAACGUGCUGCCCGCGACGGAGAUGCCCUCGGAUGGCGAGAUAUUCAAGCACGAUCCUUUCUUCGCCUAUAUCUACAUCAUUGCCAUGGCGUCGUUGUUUGCUACGUUUGUACUGGUCUUCCUGCACACGUCGGCGACGGGCGGCAAAGGCCCGAUAGGCGAUACCAUCUACACGACGCUGCGCUCGUCCUUCCACCUCCUCGCGGUCGACACGCUGGUGGCCGUCAUCGUGUCUCUGGUCUGGCUUGCGGCGUUGCGGUCCUUCGUGAGGUACCUGGUCGGGCUGAUCAUCCUCGCGGUCCCCGUCAUUCUGUUUUCUUUCUCGCUAUACCCCCUGAUCUCGAGUUACAAGGGACCAAACGGCGGCAGCAAUCUGCAGGACGAGGUGAUGAGGUGGACGGCCGUCAUUCCCGGAGCGUCGGCCAUCCUAUGGCUCUAUCUCGUCUACAAGGGAAGGUCGGCUCUGAAGUCUUCGAUCGAGAUUCUGGAGUUCUCGAGCCGCAUUCUCGCAGCCAACUCGGCGCUUGUCCUCGUCGGCAUGGCAUGCCUGGCGCUUGUUGUGCUCUGGACAUGGGCGUGGCUGGCCAUGUUCACCAGGGUCUUUCUGGGUGGCUACUUCUCGACUUCCCUGUCUCGAUGGAUUAUCAGUGCGUCCAGCUGGUGGCUCGGGAUCUACUUUGUCCUGAUGUAUCUCUGGACCCUGUCGGUGAUCUCGGGCGUUCAACGGGGUACCACGGCUGCCACCGUCUCUCAGUGGUACUUUCAUCGGAAUGUGCAACCGGCGCCGUCGUCGAGGGAAGUGGUCAGUGCUGCUCUGAACCACUCGGUGACGACGAUAUUCGGCUCCAUCAGCCUCUCCACCCUGCUGGCGCUGGUCAUCCGGCUGCCAUUGUUGGUGCUGCCCAGGAGACUGGCGGGCAUCAUCACAAUGUUCUUCUACUCGUUUGUCCCGACGCCGAUCACGGCGUUGACGAACCCGCUCACUCUGACCUACGCUGCCAUCCACUCCCAGGACCUGGCCACAUCGGCUAGAGGCCUGACCCAGAUGGACUUCUUGUCGCCGGACACGCCCACGACGACACUGACACCAAGGGCAUUCGGGCGCGGGCGGCGCAACAGGGCUCCUCUGCUCCCUUACCGCCUUGCCAAGCUGCUGCUCCACGCGACGCGGUUCAUCAUGGCGACGGCGCUGGGGUUCGCGGGCUGGGUGAUCACGGCGCGGCAGCUGCGCAUCCCGGACGGUAUGGGCAUCAGGGGGAGCGCGUAUGCGUACGUGGUCGGGCUCGUGGCCAGCUUCAUCGGCUGGGGCGUGCUGGGCGCCAUGGAGGGCAUCCUCAGCGGCAUUGUGGACGCCGUGGUGAUCUGCUACGGCAGCGAGACGCGCAUGGCGGCGGGCGGCGGCGGGUACUGCAUGGAGGCGGCGUACCUCUUUGGUGGCCGGGGUGAUGAGCGAGACCGCGAGGCUUACUACUGA